AUGGUAGCUGCCUCACUCUCCGCCGGCUCCGGGCUGCAGGGAUUCCCGCCCCCAGCGGCCUCCCGCCAGCCACGCGGAGCCGUGGACUCCGCCCCCGGAGACUCCUCCGGGCCGAGGAAGGCUUUGGCGCAUGCUCCUGCGUGCGCCUGCCUGCGCCUGGGCGGGCGGACCCAGCGCAGUAGUGCGGUUCGCGCGGGAGGCGGCUCCGCCGUGGCGCCGCGCUCGCUCGCCGCCGCCGCCGAGGGGCAGCUCUGCAAACUUGCGGCGGGCUCCGGGCGCCAGCGGCCGGCGGCGGAGGACGAGGACGAGGAGCCGGACCCCGAGGCGCCCGAGAACGGCUCGCUGCCCCGCUUCGCGCCGCGCUUCAACUUCACCCCGAAGGACCUGACCCGCUUCGUGGACUUCAACAUCAAGGGGCGCGACGUGAUCGUGUUUCUGCACAUCCAGAAGACCGGGGGCACCACGUUCGGCCGCCACCUGGUGCGCAACAUCCGCCUGGAGCAGCCGUGCACCUGCAAGGCCGGCCAGAAGAAGUGCACGUGCCACCGGCCCGGCAAGAAGGACACCUGGCUCUUCUCCCGCUUCUCCACCGGCUGGAGCUGCGGGCUGCACGCCGACUGGACCGAGCUCACCAACUGCGUGCCGGCCAUCAUGGAGAAGAAGGACUGUCCCCGCAACCACAGCCACGCCAGGAAUUUCUACUACAUCACCAUGCUGCGGGACCCGGUGUCACGUUACCUGAGUGAGUGGAAGCAUGUCCAGAGAGGGGCCACAUGGAAAACCUCUCUCCAUAUGUGUGACGGAAGGAGCCCCACCCCGGAUGAGCUGCCUACCUGCUACCCUGGGGACGACUGGUCUGGGGUCAGCCUACGGGAGUUCAUGGACUGCAGCUACAACCUGGCCAACAACCGCCAGGUGCGCAUGCUCGCUGACCUCAGCCUCGUGGGCUGCUACAACUUGACUUUCAUGAACGAGAGCGAGCGAAGCAGCAUCCUGCUGCAGAGUGCCAAGAACAACCUGAAGAACAUGGCCUUCUUCGGGCUCACGGAAUUCCAGCGGAAGACACAGUUUCUCUUUGAGAGGACAUUCAACCUCAAGUUCAUCUCUCCUUUCACACAGUUCAACAUCACGCGGGCUUCCAACGUGGACAUCAACGACGGCGCCCGUCAGCAUAUCGAGGAACUGAAUUUCCUGGACAUGCAGCUUUACGAGUAUGCAAAGGAUCUCUUCCAGCAACGCUACCAUCACACCAAACAGCUGGAGCACCAGAGGGCCCGCCAAAAGAGGCGUGAGGCGCGGAGGCUGCAGCGAGAGCACAGGGCCCAGCGGUGGCCCAAAGAGGACGGGGGCCCCGGGGGGACUGUCACCGAGGACUACAACAGCCAGGUGGCUAGAUGGUGACCCUCUGCCCGCUCCUUUCUGUGAGGGGAUAAGCAGCAUCUCGGCCUUCUGUUGGGUUUCUUUGAAGAAGUCAGGCCACGCUGAGGACCUCCAGCUGGACGUGACAUAAUUUGGACAUUUGCUUCCUCUUCGUCGUCGGCGUUUUUGGUCCAGCUGGAGAUUUUCCGUCUUGUUCUUUUCCUUUUCUGGACGUUUUCUGAUCACUGAUAUAAAUGGGAUAGAAAUGUAUCUAACAGACCACUGUAGAGCAGGUCAGGAGAGGCUUCAACAAGAAAGUUUGUAGGAUCUUAGCCACUCCCGAUGGGUCCUGGGACCCACAGACACACACAGGAAAACUAAAAUCAUGGUUUGGAUACUCUGCUGAACGCUGCAGGUUUCACCCAAGAGAACAUUGGUCUGCUGAGAGAGAAGGGAGAGAGAGGGAGAGGAAGGGAGGGAGGGAGAGAGGGAGAGGGAGAGAGAGGCCCUUUUGCCUGUGGAUGACCCUUCUCACUCAGUUUUGGAUUGGGGGACUGUUCAAAUGAGGUUUAAAUCAUGAAUAACAUGGUUUGUCUCUGCAGUUGCUUUUAAACAAAAUUGCUAUAAUGUUGACCAUAGCUAGAGACCCCUAGCCUACAGACGAUGACACCAGAGCCCUAAGCCAUGUGUCCACUCUAUCUUUUGGGGAACAGAGAGUAGACACAAGGCAGGGUUGGUUACGAUCCUGAGAAAUGAACAUUGGUGGGACAUUUGGGGAAACACACAGAUUUAAUAAUGACCAAGGAGACUGCACUUUACCAGUGUCAAUCUUCACUUACUUAAAGAGUAAGUAAAAAAUUGUAAGAGUGAUAGCAGAGAAACCAGGAGAAGGCCUGCAUUUCUGGCCCAGCUUUCUAUCUUUGUGAGAAGCUGAGCAGACAGCUUCUCAGCCAGGUUGGAAAUUCUUCUGUCACAAAAGAAAAGAAGUUUUCAAAGAACCUGUCUUAGAGAACCAGAGCUGAACCAAGGGGUACAUACAGUCCCCUCCAGGUCAGUAAAAGAAUGUGGCAUCCGUGAGACAAGUCAUCAGGGCCUCAGAAGGCUGUUGCGCCUGGCAUUUGCGGGGCCUCGGAACUGCUAGCUUCCUACAUGACCUUGUCUGUGUACAACUAGAAAACCAAGCCACAGCGUACAAAUCCGGACCAAAAAUAAGCUGCAUUGUCCCGGGUUCCUUGGUUUUGCCCUUUCCAGUCCGCAGCAGCAAUCAGAAAGGAACAGGGAGGAGGGAAUAGAAGGCCUCCAGCUCACUUGGAAGAUCAGAGAGGGUGGGAAGUUUUACAACACAUUGAUAAGAUCAAUCCUUCCAAGCAGCUGAAGGCCAAAGGCUUGAGAGCCCUAAAUCAGAUCGGAAAGCCUGCUUCAUUGAUGUCCUUCAUGUUUGAUGUGUAAGCCAGCUUUAUGCGAGCCACUGCUCAGCCUCCAGAAUCCUCUCUGCGGUUGAGAGGCCACCAUCUCCUGUGUCAUGGAGUGCCUCCUGCAGGGGAGCCUAUCUCUUGCAGAUUCUGAUGGAGAAGUGGCUUUGGUAUUUCUCUCCCUGUGGUUGGCACGCACUGUACUGCAGGAAACGGCCCCAUUGCCUGGCCUCGUGUCAUAUUCUAAAGGAAGCCCCCUGCUGUACCAUAAAUAUAUUCGGCCUAAGGAGGUAGAUUUGCUGUGUUCAUUCCAUAGCUGAGAAAAUGAAGGCCACAGACGGAAUGAGGCUUCCUUGGAGAUGGUAAUGUAAACCUGGCCAUCCACGAAGCACAAGGUCUGAAUCUACAUUGUGCUUCACAGGUGGUGUUUGCCUCCCUCUGGGUGACAUGUCACCCCACAGGUGACGUAAGGUGAAGGGACUGUCCUUGUGGCGGCCUCACACCCUUCUCCCCUCACCACCAUCACGCUAGCUAGCUGACAGGUGGAUCGCUUCUUUGACAGCUGCAAUCUCUGUGCCACACACAGAUGUAAAUUUCAAGUGGGCAGUUAGCUUCCUAGAUGGUAGAGGGGAGACCUCAAAAUACACGUGUGUCUCUGUGUGACGAUUUGGUCCAGGGGAGGGAGAGGGGAGGGAGAGGGAACGGGGACAGCAGGCCUGGAUGAGAGCACAUGCAGUUAAGAUCCAGUGUUCUGCCAGAACCUGAAAAUGGUGCCUCUGUCGUCAGCUGUGUACACACACACACACACACACACACACACACACACACACACACCUCAGUAUUUUUUCUUGAUUUUUUUCAAGAAAAUCAAACCAGCCUAGAAAGCAUCAGAUUGAGUCUUUCAGACUUACUGUACAUUUUGGCAAGGAACCCUUGGAGGCAGCCCCCGCCACCUUCACACUGCUCCUCUGGACCCUUAGGGCUUAUACUAAAAGGCUUUCUGCCAUCUUGAUGAUGAGGGCAUGAUGCUUGGCCCUCCCUCGGGGCGGGCCAUCCCUGUGUUGCCCCUAGGCCUGUGCUAAGUUAAUCAGGAAGACCAACACUGGCUUCCUCACUUGUGUGGUUCCCUUUGGAAGUGCCACAGUGGCCAUAUCCCCAGGGCCCUGUGUCUAGAAAUGGAGGGACGGGAUGUAGCAUGUCCUCGGAGAUUGUACGCACAGCUCCAUGCGGCAGGAAUUGAUGCCAGAGUGACAGGAAGUCGUCAGCCUUAGGGCCACAAACCAUACCAGCCCUAAAUGCACAGAGUCCAAAGCUGACAAGAGGAGAGUUCCCAGGUAACCCAUCUGUGACACCUCCAGCUCUCAGGCAGGACGCGCCUCCCUCCCUGCUUUUGGCAGAAGGCGCACAAGAAAGUAGGUUGGAGUGUGUAUGGGGUAAGUGAUGUGUGUGUGUGUGUGUGUGUGUGUGUGUGUGUGUGUGCGCGCAUGUGUGCGUAUGUGUCUAUAUGUGGUGUGUGUGUGUCUAUGUGAGGGGAGGUGUAUCUGUCUAUGUGUUGUGUGGUGUAUGUGUAUAUGUCUGUAUGGUAUGUGUAUGUGUGUUUAUGUGUGGUGUGUUUGUGGCAUGGUGUGUGUGUUCUUGUGUGUGUCUAUGUGUGGUGUGGGUGUUAUAUGGUGUGUAUGUGGGUGUGUCUAUGUGUGUUAUAUGUUUUGUGUCUAUGUGUGUGGUGUUGUAUGUGUGUCUAUGGUGUGUGUUCACAUAUUUCAGAGUGUUGUGGGAGUGUCUGUUUACAUAUUCUAAUAUUCCAUGUGUGUCUGUCUAGUUACAUAUUGUAGUGUCUGGUGUAUCUGUCUGUCUGACUGUUCACAUUUUUGCAGUGGUGUUUGUGUGUGUGUGUAUGUGUUUUGUGAGAGAGAGGCAGAGAGAGACAUACACAGAGAGACACGGACAGACAGAGAGACAGUGAGACAGAGAGAGAAUGUGCGGUGUGGGACAUGUGUGUCACACACACUCUGUGUCCUUCCAGCUUCCUAGAAGUCUCCUCUUGAUGCUGGAGAAAAUAAUUAAUAACCUCACCAACCAAUGUGACAACGCCUAAGGAAGGCUAGGAAUUACUGAAAAAUACAAAGACGUUUCUUUAUCAGAAAUUUAACCAAGGUUGGAAGUACCAAUCUUCAUUUGAUCAGACCGUAACACCGUAGUCUUAGUCUGAAUGGAGAGGGCACUAAUUCUCUCUAUUGCUUCUUCACCCUAACACAACACCUGCCUCCUGCCAUGGUGGCUGUGGUAGCAGUGGCCAUCUUGUUUUCUUGAGAAACUGGAGUGGAAGCAGAGGGAAUUUCAGGUGUUGCAGGUCAUAUGGCACUGGCUGGAGUCUAGACAUUGGCCACAUCUCGCUGCACAGAGCCUAGAAAAUGUCUUUCUACUUCACUGCCAGGUGUCUUCAUAAGUGGAGGAGCUCUGUUGUUAAAGAAACAAUGGAAAAUUAAUACUGAUUUAAAAACCUAUUAGUCUGAAAGUACAAAAAGAAAAGGGAGAAAAUGCCUAGUCCUUUUUAGUGUCAUUUAUUUUCUCAUCAGUUUUACAAAGGAUGAGAUUAAAUUUUACUCUGUCAGCAUCUAAUGCUUUUCAAAACACGUUUGUGUGGCAUUUCCUUUGGCCUGCCUUAUAUCUUGUGUGCUGACUGGAAUUUCCAUUCUCUUACAUUUGCUCAUAUGGAAUGAGGAGUCAGUUGUUGAAAGUUCCCCAGUUCUCGUUCAUUUGGAGGAACGUUGCUCAGAGCACAUGGUCUCUCGGCUUUGGAGGUUCCCACUCCUGCAGGCUGCUUGGUGUCGUGCUGGGACUGGGCAUUGCACGAAUAUGAAAUCUAAAUCUUUAUUGAUUUCUGUCUUUCUUCACCUGUGGAGCUGUAGUAACCUAGAACAUACGUGGGCCUGUCCAGUAGACCCAGCUCCGCCCCAGUGAAGGGCCUCUUGCUAGGAUGAAACACUAGCGAGAAUGUGGUCCCGGGAGUCUAAGGAAGGCAUGAAUUCAGGGGAGAUGCUCAAAUACCUCAGCCCUAUUCCACCGCAGACUAUCCCAUAUGCAGACCGAGGGCAUAAACUUCAUAUGCCAGUGCAACACCCAGCGUUCGAGAAACUGAGAACCAGCAGCUGCCGGUGAGGACAGCUUAAGGGGUGACCCAUAGGGACUUCGCUCACAAAAUGCCUCCUCUCUCCUUCCCCAGGCAGCUGGGGUGUUAUCAGCAACAUCUUGUUACUGUUCGUAUGGAUUUUAUUUGGUAUUGCUGGGUUCCUUUGCCCAUGGAGCAAUGAUGUGCUUUAAGCUGCAAUAAAUAAGCGACUUUCCCAGACACGUCAUCUGGCUGAGAAGGAGGUCAAGGUGGGAUUAAGCAGAAAUAGAGGACCGUGGGCAGUGGGGCAACCAGAAGAAUGUGAGGCCCAGAGAGGCAGGCCACCAAAGAGAGAUCGAGGAUGGUUAAAAUAUGCUCUAGGCACUAAGUGGGGUUUGGAAAUGUGGUGAAGAUGCAGCUUUUCUCCUUAGGAUCAAGGACAGCCCCGAAACACAAUGGGGAUGUUACCCGUGACGCUGGAUCAGAGCCUUGGGGUCCGAAGGCAGGGGUGGCAUGGGAGGGUAGAUUGAAUAGAGAGCUGUGAUUUUACGUUUUCCUUUUCCAUCAUUAUUGUGCCUCUAUUGGUCACCAAAACUUUACCUGAAUGCCUCAGGCUGGGUGGCUGGGCUGCCAGCUCUGCCUAGUUCAUGACUUCCGGGGAGUGCGGUGGGUCCUCGGUCAAUGCUUUUGGCUUCCCUUUUUAUACCUCUCUGUCUGUACUGGACAUUCGCCAGUGUCAGCACUGUUCUCACCAUAUUCACCAGGACUCAUCUGGAUGAAUUCUCUGAAACUGAAUGAGCCCUCCUGGACAAGUAGGGGCAUUCUGGGUUUGUGGCCUUCGAAUAGAACACCCAUAAACCCAUCUUUCACAACCUUAUGACAGAACUGACCUUCCCUGCAGAGGCGCUGAAUUCCGAGGUCUGGCCUGUUAUGAACACCAGCAAUGCUUGCAAGCCUCUACCCUUCUAGGCGAGGACCGUGGGCGGCCUGGUGGAAUGCUGGAUGCUGAAUCUGCAGACACAGACAUGCAGUCUCUCUGGAGCCUGUCUUCUUUGGAUCCACAGGAAGAACUGCAACUGUCUGUCUCCGGCUUGCUGAGGGGGACUCCAUGAGAUCUACACUCUGCUUCACUGCGGGGAUUCAUGAAAGGCCAGAGAUCAGGGCUGCGAACCCUCAGCUCUUGCUGAGAAAACAGUGUCCUGACAAGCAGUUUUAUGUGACUUAGUCAUGAUUACACAUGUUCCAUCUCUUUGUCAUGCUUUGUUUGAAUCAUAUGACCAUGAUUUUUCUUCCAGUUUUGCUUGCAUUUCUCCUUCUUCUUCUUCUUCUUCUUCUUCUUCUUCUUCUUCUUCUUCUUCUUCCUCUCCUAUGUAUCAAAUCAAUGUUAGAAAAAUUGAAAUCUUUAUCUGGUGCCCCAUUUUAGAUGUAAGAUAGUUAUUCAAUAGAUACAAGUUAUUUCUCCUACAAGAUGUUUCUUCUUUUGUUUCUGUGCAGUAUGUAUGAACUUGGUUAAUAGGAGACUAUAUUGUGACAUUAUCAACCUUUAUUGCUAUUUAAAAAUGAUAGUUUGUAGAACUGAGGAUCCCCAUUGAUGUGAAGCACAAUUUAAUGAAUAAGUUAAACAUAUUAAACUGUUGUGA